AUGUUUGAAUAUUGUUAUCCACGUCUUGAUGCAAAUGUAACAAAAGGAAUGAAUCAUUUACUUAAAUCUCCAUUUACUGUUCAUCCAAAAACAGAUCGUAUAUCAAUACCAAUUAAUUUAAAUUCAUUAACAUAUUUUGGUCCAUGUAAAAAAGAUUAUAAUCAAACAUCUCUUAAACCAUUUGUUGAUGUAUUUGCUCGUUUUGUUCAAGGUUUACAAACGAGUAAACAAGAUAAAGUAUUAGCUAAAAGUGGUCAGUUAUUUUUAUUAUUAUAUGUUGUACAUCAUGACCUGUUUAUUUUAGAUCUUAAUACAAUGUUAUCAGGUGAAAUUUAA